AUGAGAGUUAAUUGCACACGGAUUCCAGUUCAAGUCAAUUCGUUGUGGCCACCCAUAAAAGCAUCAUCUACUCCAAGAUGUGGAUUUUCUUCAUCUGCAUCUCCUGAACCCAAUGAAAAGGAACAGGGUAAUGCGAGUGCUGAUCCUGGAAAAACUAGUGAUGAAGCAAAUGUAAGUGAUCAGGCUGAAAAUUCCGAAGCUGCAAACCAAACCAAAGAAUCAGGUUUUGUCUCAGAAUCUCAGUCUGAGUCUGGCAAAAGGAGGAGAGCUACUAAACGAACUGCAUUUUCUGAUUCUGAUUCAGAUUCAGAGAGUGAAUGUGAUUUAUCCAGGGAUGAUUUAAGAAAGCUUGUAGCUGAGAAAGAACAGCUCUUGAAGUUGAAGCACAAAGAGAUUGAGAAAAUGCAGGAUAAGGUUCUACGUACUUAUGCAGAGAUGGAAAAUGUCAUGGACAGGACAAGGCGUGAAGCGGAGAAUUCAAAAAAAUUUGCUGUCCAGAAUUUUGCAAAGAGUCUACUAGAUGUUGCAGACAAUUUGGGGAGAGCUUCCUCAGUCGUAAAGGAAAGUUUUUCAAAAAUUGAUACAUUUAAAGACGCUUCUGGUGCAGUGCCAAUCCUUAAAACACUUCUGGAAGGUGUUGAAAUGACUGAUAAACAGCUAGCUGAGGUACUGAGAAAGUUUGGUGUAGAAAAAUUUGACCCUACGAAUGAACCAUUUGAUCCACACAGGCAUAAUGCUGUCUUCCAAAUCCCUGAUGGCACCAAACCUCCAGGCACUGUUGCAGCCGUUCUGAAGGCUGGAUAUAUGCUUUAUGAUCGAGUUCUUCGUCCAGCAGAAGUCGGUGUGACCCAAGCAGUGGAGGAAGAUAAAGACUGAUGAGGGCUCUGGAAAAAUGCAGAAAUGACUGAGUGGGACCUUAUUUGAUAUGGUUUGAGGUAUUUCAGUUUGAAGGAACAACUGAAAUCUGUACGUUUAGAAGCAUGUGAAUCUUCUCCUCCAGAUUAAAGGACUUUAUUUUCCACCACACAUUAGACUUAUUCUUUUGUCCUGAUCUUAGAAGAAGACUGGUAUUGUUUUGAAAUAAUCAGGCGCCAUUAUAUGGUUGAGAUUUUUGUUGUGUUGCUAUUUCAAGUUAUACAGAUUCAUUAAGUAGAGCUCUUUUGGCCUGGAUAGCCCCUCCAGGUGUCUUUCAA